GCCACGAGUCCUCCCUUCCAGGAUGCGUUUGGGAAGUUGUGCGCUCCUCCCUGGUUCGAGUUUGUCUCAAAAAAGACACUCAACCAUGAAGAUAACAUAAGUUCUAAUGGGGAAGUCUCGCUCUCUCUGGCUGUGCUUCCCUGUCCUGAGACUGACGAGCAGCUUUUGGAGGUGCCCUCUCUCCAGAAGGAGUUUGAUCAUUGCGACACUAUGCGCGGUCUAUCUGCUUUUUGUGGUUUCAUACGUUGGAUACUCUCAGCAGCAACGGGACAGACGGACAGACAAGCACAAGUACCGACACACCCGUGGACUGGAGACCGAUGGUGCCUUCCUGGACUCUGCGGACCUGCCCACCGGUGAGAGCUCUGUGGUCCCGACCCGGUCCAACGUGGUGUACAUAACGCUCAAGUUCAAGCGCCUGAAACCUGCGAAUAUUCGGGGCACAAUCAGGCCAAAGCUCCGAAGGAAGUUGAGAAAGAAUAAAUCAGCCAGUUCCGCUUUUACGCAGGACAAACUUGGCGCUUUGGAGCGAGACACGGGGCAGAUUAACCGCCACUUUGCACCCAAGACUCUCUGGAAAGAAACCAGGGAUGUGGAUUAUAAAUCUUUAGAUGUAAUCCACAGCUCUCACAGAGAUGAGGUGGCUAACACCAGCUCUAUACGAAUCUACAGCCAGCGUGCACCGCAGUGGUUCAGCGCACAGGACGUGGGUGCCAUGCGCUUCCUUGCAGAUGCCAAAGUUUUGCGCAUCAGAGAAGUUUCUCGCGGGGAGUCUCCAUCACCGCUCCUUGUGUUUGAGGGGGAGACCGGGACCAGAGGAAACCACACCACAGCACGGGGCAGUGUGUGCGUGGGGCGGUGUGGAGUCAUCACCAGCCCCGUGGACACCACUGAGGUCUUUGCUUUCCAUCUGGACAGAGUGCUGGGGCUGAACAGGACGCUACCGACCGUGGGAAGAAAGUUCAGAUUUCUACACGACGGCCAGCCAUGUCCAGUGGCGAUGUGGGACGCGUCUCUGUACCCAGAGGGCCUCGCUGCGGGCCGGGCCACUGUGAGGCUGACAUGGGGGGGCUACCAGAGAUCCCUGAAGCAAAGGUGUUGGCAGAGAAACAUCAACCCGAGGCCCGACUCCGACUGCGGCUCAAUUCAUCACUACGAGUGGAGCAAACUCGCUCUGUUUGACUUCUUGUUACAGAUUCACAACCGUCUGGACGGGAGCUGCUGCGGGUUCCGGCCCCGGCAGGAUGACGAGUGCGUGGAGCUCGCACACCGUGCAGAGUGCGGGGACCCUGAGCGCCUCCUACUGGCCAACAUCUUCCACAGGGGUCACGACCCCAGACACCUGGUGUUCACCAACAACAAGGGCUUCUUCGACCGCAACGAGGACAACCUGGACUUCAGGCUGCUGGAGGGGAUCACUGAGCUCCCGGAGCAGGCGGUGUCGGUGCUGAGGAGCAGGAGGCUGAGGGAACGACUCCUCCAGUCUCUGUUCCUGGACCAGACGUACUGGGAGAGCCAGGGCGGCCGAACGGGCAUCGACAAGCUGAUCGACGUCAUCGAGAGGCGGGCGAAGGUCCUCCUCACCUACAUCAACGCACACGGGAUCAAAGUCGUCACAACGAACGCGUGACGAGCUCCAACAAAAAACAAAUUAACACUUUGAUCCCUGUGACUUCACUUUGUCCUGAAACAAAACACUGGAGCCUUAAACAUUGACAUUUUUUGAAUUAGUCUGGAUCAAAAAACAUCAGGUAAUUAUUACACAUAACGUAAUUUAUCCCAAGAGUAUGAGAGCAUACAUCAGUGUGGCCCUGAUCCUCAGGAUCAUGUCCUUUUAAAUGGAAUAUUAUACAAAUCAAACAGGAUAAAGAAGUAAUUAUAAAAUAUUUCUAUAUUUAUUUUAAAAAAUUAAUUUUUUUAAUGAAGGACUUAUUAUGAAUCAUCCACUGACCUUUAGAAAAUGACAUAUACGAUUUCUUGUUCAUAACCCUAUAUUUGCAAAGCAUUCAAUUAAUCAAUGGAUGUAAGGAAACAUAUCUGAACCAUAAUUUUCAUGAGAUACUGAGAAACUCUUUAAUUUAACUUAUGUUUGACUUUUACUUUAACUCUCACUGAAGGAAACUAAUUAGUUUUUCUCCCGUCUGCCGAGUCUUCUCUCGUUUCUCUCCCCAGAGGAAAAAACGCCGUUGUCAUUCUGUAAAGAACACGCCGCCGUUAUCGCUUCUCCUCCUCCCGAGGCUUUCCAGCAACUAUCAUUCUCACCGUGUGAAAGAACGACACGAUAAAGUUAUUGUCUGAAUGUGGCGUCGAACAUUUUACACUGAACGAUGAGUUAUUGAAUCUUUUAUAUCUUUUCUUUUAAAAAACGCCCAAUGUGAACAUUUGUCAUGAUGAUUGGAGGAGAACCUGGACAGUGACUGUAAAUUUUAAACUGAAGGACUUUAAGAACUUUUCUUUUCUCUUGUGACUUUAUUUCACUACGAAAACACUUGCUUUUUUGCCAUGACCCUUUAUUUGUUAUUGUAUUUAUUUAUUUUUGUACUUUUUCUUUCUAAUUGUUGAAGCUGUCAAUAAAAGUUUGUUUUGUGUCCAAAGUU